AAGUUACAGGCCCCUCCGUUUCAGACCUAUAAAUGGACUCCCAUCUCACUCUGCUCUGAAUCGCCUCAUUCGAACAAACUCUCUGCUGUGCUUCUUGCUAUCGUCGAACGCUACACUACAUAAAGAUGUCAGACUUAGAGAGCUGCCUGGGAACCAUCAUUGAGGUGUUCCACAAAUACUCGUCCAAAGAAGGUGACAAGCACAAAUUAAAAAAGAGCGAACUCAAGGAUCUGCUCACCAAUGAAUUUCCGACUCUUACCGAGCAUGUGAAAGAUCAAGCAACAAUGGACAGUUUGAUGGAAAGCGUGGACACCGAUGGUGACUCGGAGUGUGAUUUUCAAGAGUUCAUGACCUUCAUCACCAUGGUUACCAUCUGUUGCCAUGAGUUUUUCGAACAUCACGAAGACGAAUGAGUCGAAUUAAAAAAA